AUGAGCGAUUUUCUAUCGCUUUCCGUCCUCCAGCUCUUCUCCGUCGUCUCCUUCCUCACAUCUGUCCUCGCCGUCCUCUGCGUCGGUUCUGGCUCCCUCCACCGCAUCGCCCGCCCUAUCCAGCCCGGCGUCGACGCACCGGCCUCGGACGCCAUGAGCAGCAUCACUUCUGGCAAGCAACCGCUCUGGACCUGGACAGGGCUCCCCGUCAUCUCCCUCGACUCGCUCAUUGGCGAGGAGGAGUCGGUCGAGUCCCAAGGCUACGUCGGCGGAACGGAGCUCACAAGGAUGGAUUGGCAGGUUUCUCGUUCGCCUCGCAUAGUCACCACGUACGAAUCACGAGUACCGAUGUCCAUGGCGAAGCUCAUCAUGUCGCGCCACUCGCAACGACGACCCGCAAGACAGUCACGACGCAUGCAGGGCUCGCUCCGCCCGCAGGCGGCGUCUUCGCGACUGGCAGAGAGCUCCGCAUAG